AUGUAUAAAAACAUCGCUCUCUCUAGUGAAGACGAAAUCAAGGACUUUCUGGCAUGUCUUCGCCUGCGACCAAUGCACAUUCAAUUUGCAAAAACAGCCAUUAACUCGCUGUAUCUCGACGGUGUGGUGGAUGCGUCAACUGUGUUGGACAUCCUCUCGCUUUGUACUCGUGUGGAACAUCUUGCUCUAUUGAUUCAUAUAUAUCCGGCCAUGGAUGAUCGAUCAUCACUAUGGCUCACCUUGAAUCUUCUGCCACUCAAGUCCUUGGUGCUUUACAUGGGCAUCCACUUCAUCAACUGCAUUACCACGUCCCACGUUUUGAAGAACCUUACCCAUGUUGAUCUCAUCGACAGAGGGGUGCUCAGAAAACCCGAUACAGGUUUGGAGGCUCUUCAUUCUUUAACUCACAUAUGUCUGGUGCUUCAAAUGAGUAGUUCUCAUCCAGCUGCAAUCGCGCGUCUGGUCCGUAAUGCACGCCUCUGCGUACUGGCGUUUCACGUGGAAGAUUCGCACAGUCGCAUUGAAUCUUUCCUGGAAGGAUGUGGAAUCCAAGAUGAGCGAAUUGUGCUAUUGUCUACCGUGAUGGUAAAGUGGGAUAGUCUAGGGCGGACGAAUAUGUUAUUAUGGGAAUUACUGGAGGAAACAAUUAGACUACCGAAACCUAAGAACAAAGGGCAUCGUUGCUUGUCACACGAACGCAUUAUCGAACUCGCAGGUUAUGAGAGCAGCUCUGAAGGCGAUCUCGAAGACGAUUUUGAAAGUGAUCCUGACACGGUUCCAUGCUCGACUUAUAGCAUGGCGAGGACAAAGGGCUAA